AUGGAGAUGAUCGUCGACGGCACGGCAUCACUAACCGGAUAUGGUCGAAAAUUAGACAGUCACGGAUUCUGCUAUGAAAUAAAGCGAAAAAUACCCACAUCAAAGCCCAAGUAUAAGCUCUGGUGGAGGACACGUCAACCUCAAGAUCGGGGUGCUUACCUAGCGGCGACGAGAGAGGCUAAGAAGGCAGUCUCCAAGGCGAAUUCAGACCGCUACAAAGCUGUGUACGACAUGCUAGAUACCGGAGAAGGCGAGCGUUCAGUGUAUCGUUUAGUCAGAGCGCGUCAUCGCUCAACGUUGGAUAUGGAGCACACGAAGAUCGUUAAGGGAGCUGAUGGAGCCGUUCUGCGCCGCUCUAGUCAGAUCCUGGAGAGGUGGCGAGAGUACUACAAUCACUUGUGUAACGAAGAGUUCUGUCGUCCUCCCAUCCCAACUGUUCCCAGCGUCGAGGGUCCUGUUCUACCAAUUACUGCCGUCGAAGUCAGUGCUGCCCUCACAAAAAUGAAGUCGAACAAGGCAACCGGUCCUGAUGACAUACCUGCUGAUGUCUGGAAGCUGCUAGGAGAUCGAGGGUCCAUGUGGCUCGCAACUCUAUUUAAGAAGAUCGUUGCAGAAGGACGGACUCCAGACGUUCGGCAAAAUUCCGUAACCGUGCCUGUCUGGAAAGGAAAAGGAGACAUCGCUGACUGCACCUCGUACAGGCCUAUACGACUGCUGUGCCAUACGAUGAAGGUUUUUGAGCGUGUCCUGGAAACUCGUCUGAGGAAAAUUGUUAGCGUUUCACUCAACCAGUGCGGCUUUGUGAACGACUGCAGCACUGUAGAUGCUAUCCAUGCUGUCCAAAUCCUUCUGGAGAAACAUCGAGAGAAGAACCGCAGUGUGCAUCUUGCUUUUCUCGACCUCGAGAAAGCUUUCGACCGUGUCCCACAUGAGCUGUUAUGGAUGUCUAUGAGGUCGCAUAGAGUACCAGAAGAAUAUGUGCGGUGGACGAAGCUACUUUAUGCGAAGCCUACCAGCGUUGUACGAUAUGCUGCUGGAACAAGCAGGCCAUUCCCUGUACAAGUAGGGAUUCAUCAGGGUUCAUCCCUCUCACCUCUGCUGUUCAUACUGUGCAUGGACACGAUAACGAAGGAAAUCCAGAAGCAGCAUCCGUGGACUCUACUCUUUGCCGACGAUGUCAUGCUCGCGUCGGAGUCUCGAGAUGAUCUUCAGAAACAAGUACAGUCUUGGAAGGAUCAGCUGCAGCAAUAUGGAUUGCGCCUCAACACAUCAAAAACUGGGUACAUGGACAGAGGAUGGUUCAAUUCAACCGAAUUAAACAAGGUGAACUAUUUCAAGUACCUUGGAUUCAAAGUGACUUCCACAGGCGACAUUGAUCAAAAAGGUCGAGCACGUGUUAAUGCUGCAUGGAUGAAAUGGAAAAUGGCAACAGGGGACGGUUGUGCGUCCUGUUGCCCUUUACGGAUGCGAGUGCUGCACGCUAUGGAGAUGCGGAUGUUGAGGUGGACGAUAGGUGUAACGCUAAAAGAGAAAGUAUCCAACGACACUGUACGUUCCAUCUUCGGCGUCGUCCCGAUAACUGAGAAGAUGAAGGAGGCCCGACUGAGAUGGUUCGGUCACGUCUUGCAGCGAGAGGAAGAUUCUGUUGCCAAAACCGCUCUGAAGCUCGACGUUUCAGGAGUGAGGCCGCGUGGGAGGCCAAAGAUUCGCUGGCUAGACCGUGUGAAGCUGGAUAUGAUAGAUGCACGGGAUGGACUCCCUGCUUCUGCUGUGCCAGGACUGACUCGUAAAAUCAUUGUAUCCCGCACGUCGGUCCGGCCAAAAGCCUGCAAUCAAUUGACUGGGAGGUGCAAGGGAGGCGGUUUGGAGUCGCCUCCAACAAAUAAGCUCCACAUGUCCACUCUGGGAGAACGGAAGUUCUCCCAAAAACCCAUGGGACUAGAGGCUUGCAACCUGCCCGUGGGUUUUAAAUUUCAUGCAAAAAACAGUAAUAGAAAAGAGUCUCCUGACUCCGGUAGAAAGCCUGGUACGGUAGCGCCAGGUAGGACGGGGUUGCAGGAGUCAUGUAGGCUACCGAAACGGAAAAGGACUAGGAUGACGAUCUGUACUUAUAACGCACGCACGCUUGCAUCGGAAGCGGCCAUCGAAGAUCUGAUGGUGCAAGCCAAGAAGAUCAAGUACGACGUCAUCGGACUGACCGAGACGAGACGACGUCACUCUCUCAACGCUGUAUUUGAAACUGGAGAAGAACUGUUCUUAGGAACAUGCGACAGUAGAGGUGUUGGUGGAGUUGGCGUCCUCGUCAACACGAGUAUGGCACAGAACAUCGACUCUUUCGAACAACUCACGACCCGAAUCGGACGUCUGCGGAUGAGAAGAUGUGGUCCCACACCGGCUUUGACUAUCUUCGUCGCUUACGCUCCAACAUCAAGCUACGAAGAAGAAGAAGUCGAAGCUUUCUAUAUGGACCUGGAGAAGUUCUACCGAGAAGAUCAUGCCUUUUACAAGGUCAUAAUUGGCGACUUCAACGCCAAAGUUGGCCCAAGAAGAACGCCGGAGGAACUUCACAUCGGGACCCACGGCCUACAAUGGAAUGACCAGGGGGAGAGGCUUUCCGAGUUCAUCAUGACGACUAAGACCAUCCAUGGGAACUCGCAAUUCCAGAAGCCCUCCUCUCUACGCUGGACGUGGGAGUCACCCGGUGGAGGGUACCGUAAUGAGAUAGACCACAUCAUCGUCAAUAAAAGGUUCUGCCUGACGGAUGUCGCUGUUGUACCAAAGUUCUAUACGGGAUCGGACCAUCGCCUCCUCCGAGGAAGAUUUUCUUUCACGCGGAGAGCAGAGAAAGCCGCCAAGUUCAGCAAGAGAAAUCCCAAAACUACCAUCAACUGGGAUCUCUUCGCUACGUUAGCCGGCUUUUGGGAAGAUUCCGCAAUGGACAACAUCGACGAGGAAUACGACCGGCUUGUCAAACACCUUCAUGACUGCGCGAAGAAGGCUGAGAGUAUUAAAACAACCAAGAGACGCCUGUCUCUUGAAACUCUUGAGCUGAUACGCCAGCGUGGAGCAGCACGAGCCGCAGGGAACCAAGAGCUUACGUCCGAGCUCGCAAGGCUUUGCAGAGAGGCGAUAAAGAAAGACCUUAAAGAGAGAAGAGCAGAAGUGCUGGCUGAAGCAGCAGAGGCGGGAAAAAGCAUCCGCUAUGCCCGCCGAGACUUCGCCAGUCGCAAGACAAGGAUGACAGCUCUCCGGAACCCGAAGGGAACAACCAUUGCAUCGAGAAGGGGAAUGGAGAAAAUCAUCUACGACUUCUACUCUGAUCUCUUCGACAGCCGUGCCCACUUGCCUCCUCACCAUCUGAGGGAAGAUGGACAUGUCAUUCCAGCGGUUCUCCCGUCCGAAAUACGACAUGCUAUCAUGUCGGUGAGAAAUCGUACAGCAGCCGGUCCCGACAGAAUAAAACCAGAACACCUGAAGAACCUUCCGCCAGUACUCAUCAACACCCUGGCGAGGAUCUUCACACGUUACCUGUCGGAAUGCAAGGUCCCUAAACAGUGGAAGACCAGCAAGACCGUGUUGCUGUAUAAAAAGGGAGAUCCACAUGACAUCGGCAACUAUCGCCCAAUCUGCUUACUGUCCGUCAUCUACAAGCUCUUCACAAGAGUGAUCCUUAAUAGGAUUGAAAAGGUCUUGGAUGAAGGACAACCAUGCGAGCAAGCAGGGUUUCGAAAAGGAUUCAGCACGAUCGACCAUAUUCACACUGUUUCGAGACUCAUCGAGGUAUCACGAGAGUACAAGAUGCCGCUCUGUCUCACUUUCAUCGACUUGAAGAAGGCCUUUGACUCAGUUGAGACGGAAGCGGUCGUGGAAGCCUUGGACAACCAAGGCGUUCCCACUCAGUACAUAAAGGUGCUUCGAGAGUUGUACAGUAACUUCACGACCGGAAUCUCGCCAUUCUACAAGAAUAUCAUCAUUGACGUGAAGAGGGGGGUUCGACAGGGUGAUACAAUCUCACCCAAAAUAUUCACAGCCACCCUCGAGAACGCAAUGCGAAAGUUGGAAUGGGACGACAUGGGAGUGAAGAUCGAUGGUCGGCAGCUACACCAUUUGCGCUUUGCUGAUGACAUCGUACUGAUAACACCUAGCAUCAGCCAAGCGGAACGAAUGCUGACCGAAUUCGCCGAAACAUGUGGAUGCAUCGGUCUUGAGCUGAAUCUUCAAAAGACGAUGUUCAUGCGGAACGGAUGGAUCUCGGAUGCCCCAUUCACGCUCAACGGAACGAACAUAUCCGAAUGCACCAGCUACGUCUAUCUGGGUCGGGAAUUGAACAUGAUGAACGACCUGGCCCCCGAGCUGGGCAGGAGGAGAAGAGCGGCUUGGGGAGCGUACAAGAGCAUCGAGGACGUAGUGAAGAAGACCAAGAACACCCGGCUCCGUGCUCACCUCUUCAACACCACCGUACUUCCUGCUUUGACCUAUGCCUCAGAAACCUGGGCACUUCGCAAGCAGGAAGAAAACGCGGUGAGCGUCAUUGAACGCGCAAUUGAGAGAGUGAUGCUAGGAGUAUCCCGUUUCAAGCAAGUGAGAGACGGGAUUCGAAGUUCUCUCCUACGUCAGCGAUCGAAGAUCAGAGACGCCGCCGCGUUUGCCAAGGAAAGUAAAAUAAGGUGGGCCGGACACGUGAUGCGCUUUAACGACAACCGUUGGACCAGAGCCGUGAGCGACUGGAUUCCCCGCGAUAUUAAGCGCAAUACAGGAAGACCGCCGACCCGAUGGUCAGAUUUCUUCACGAAGUCCUUCAAAGAAAAUUACGAUGCUCUUCGUGUCCCACGCGAAAGGAGGAACCACUGGGCUACUCUGGCACGCGACCGGGACAAAUGGAAGAAUUACUGGCGCCCGCUCGACCGGUUCGAAGACCAACGGGAGUCAAGGAGCUGCAAUGCUAUGUGGCCGGUCUUUGUUUUAGUCUUGCAGACGGUGUCUGCUUUACGAAUGGGUGAAUGUGAGCCAACAGCUCUUGGUAUGGAAUCGGGAGAAAUCACAGAUGCGCAAAUCUCUGCCAGUAGCAGUUUUGACAAGCAAAGCGUUGGACCACAAAAUUCUCGGAUUCGAACGGAACUCGCAUCCGGAGCAUGGUGUCCAAAACCACAAAUACACAGUAGUAGUUAUGAAUUUCUACAGAUAAACCUCGAAAACACCUAUCUGGUGACAGCAGUAGAAACACAAGGACGAUAUGGAAAUGGAACAGGUCGAGAGUUUGUCUCCGAGUACAUGAUCGACUAUCAUAGGCCAGGAAGUAAAUGGAUACGUUAUCGGAAUCGAACAGGUCAUACGCUUAUGACUGGAAAUGACGAAACGACACAAGCUGUUUUACGUGUACUCGAUCCACCAUUAGUGGCAUCCAGGUUACGAAUCGUACCCCAUUCAAGGCAAACACGAACGAUUUGCUUAAGGGCCGAGUUACACGGAUGUAUCCAUAAAGAUGGCCUACUGUAUUAUUCUACCCUUCCGGGAGGAUCGCGUGUUGGUGAUGCGGAUUUUAGGGAUCCAACAUUUGAAAACAGUGAUUUGUACACUGAAACGGGAAUUAAAAGAGGUCUCGGACUACUUAGCGAUGGUUACGUGUCGGACAAUUCCCCUUUCGAUGAAAUGAAUCCAAAUGGUUCAUGGAUAGGAUGGAGUAAACAUCAUACAGAUGGGACAGUAACGCUCCUCUUCGAAUUCGAUCAGUUACGGAAUUUUUCCGAAAUUCUACUGGCUGCUUACGGUCAUCGUCUUAACAGCAUUGAUGUUAUUUUUAGCCAAGAUGGCACUAAUUUCUCACUUUCAUCACAAAUUUCUUCGUUAAAUCGUCCUUCGGCAAAUAAUACUGCAAAGAGGUAUGAUCUCCGUAUUCCACUUCACAAAAGAAUGGCGAAGAAGAUACGAGUGACGAUUACCUUCACUGCUGACUGGCUGUUCCUAACGGAGAUUCACUUUUCAUCCGGUCCAUUACACGAGGUCCCGAUAGGGUAUAAUCUGUUCUACAACGAGUCAUCUUCAAAUAUUGUUGUGGAAGAGAACACGGUGUUUACACGUAGAGGUUUAUUCAGUGUUAUUGUACUCGUUGCACUAUUCAUACUACUAACAGCCAUAUUAUGCGUUAUAAUCCUCAUGAGAAGAAAGAAAUCCGAAGAUAAGAUGGAAAUUUUCGAACGAGAUAUCCGUAGAAAUCUCAUAAUCACUCAAGUUGGCGGUAAAACUGCAACUGAAGUGCUUCCAUCACCAUCAGCUCAUUUGAUGGCAAAUUUUUAUUCAUCGGAUAAGACAACAAGCACAAGUUUGUCUUCAAAAAGUGCAUCACCGAAGUUCGGACCUGCAACAUGGAAUGAUUUCCAUUUUCCACCGCCGCCAUCUAUUCCAGAUGAGAGAAUCUACGCGCAACCGAAUUUCACGCUGCCAUUACUGAACGGAGGGCUCAAGAAGGACUUGGAACGUGCAGGGACUACAAAACGAAACUCACGACGUGAACCUGACUACGUCGCCGUUCACCACUAUGCAACCAUACCAGUUAAAGAUCAGGCUGAGAAGAUCAGGAGAAUAUCUAGUUCUCAUUUAAUCAUGGGAGCAGAUCUUGGUGAAGGAAAGCACACAAUUGUACGGGAAUGCAGCGCACCUGGAUUAGGAACUGUAGCUUACAAAACCAUGAAAGACCGACAUAACCCGCAUGCGAAGAGUGCUCUUAUGGAUGAAAUAAAGAUGUUGUCUCUCACGAAUCACCCACAUGUCGUUCAGCUUCUAGCAACGGAUGAAAACAAUGGACUUAUCCUUGAGCUUGUUACAAAUGGAAACGUAAGGGAAUAUCUCAGGAUGGAGCGGAUACAAAUUCCAAUCGCGAAACUGCUUUCGAUCUGCGCUGAUGUAUGUGAAGGUAUGCGACAUCUUGAGUCAAUAGGUGUAAUUCAUGGACAUCUCACACCAAACAACAUACUAAUAGAUGAAAGCAUGCGAGCGAAGAUUUCGUCACCACGUGGACCUGCACAUCAUGCUCAGCUUCGAUAUAGUGCUCCAGAGAGCAUCCUUAAGAACUCCUUCUCCUCACAUUCGGAUGUUUGGGCUUUCGCCGUUUGUUGUUGGGAAAUUGCUGAAACCUCUUGCACAAAGAUUCCGUUUGAAUCGUUUUCUAAUGCGGAUCUUGUUACGAACGCUCAACGAAUGCUGAAUGGUCAGGAUAACGCGGUUGUACCACUAUUCACGGAAUGCAUUCCUCGGGGAGUUCGAGAUGUGUUUGUCCGAUGUUUCGAUGUGGAACCGCAAUCACGUCCGCUAUUUGCCCACAUAUCUUAUUUUAUGAGCAAGUAUCAUACUUCAUUAGAUUAG